CUCAAUGAGAUGCAGCUAAAGCCGUGACAGUUCGUGUUCUUCUGUAAGACUUUCCAUAUACUUUGGUAGGAGACGCUGCCACUCUGGGAGCCAUGAGUCGCUGUUGCCUGGUCAAAGUGACCACCUUGACAGAGAUCCAACUUCUACAGGUACAGAGCCACCUGGAGAACUCCAAGUUCCACCUCCAUCAGACUCAGAACCAGCAGGUCAAGCAGUACCUGACUCUGGGCUCAAAGCUGGCCUCGUCGGCCGGGCAGGGCCACGCCGUUCUGCAUCCACACGCCCAUGGCCAGCCGCUGGCCACCGUGCCGAUCAUGAGGAACGGACACAUGCCCUCUGUCAGUGACGGCAGCAACCCCAACAGCCCUGUUACCCUGCUCAGUAUGGCCAAUCACGACAGUGAGUUCCCAAUGGAUGAAGUUAUUGAUGACCUAAUAAGUCUUGAAUCUGGCUUCAAUGAUGGAGGCUUGGAUUGCAUGGAGUCUAACAUCAUAAUGCAAAACAAUGUGUCCCUCAGUGGCAGCAUGCUGGAUAUCUAUGGGGGUGAACCAGUACAUGACACAAGAGUGAUGGCCAAAGAGAGACAGAAAAAAGACAACCAUAAUCUGAUUGAAAGGAGGCGGAGAUACAACAUCAACUACAGGAUUAAGGAGCUGGGGACGCUCAUACCAAAGUCGAAUGACCCGGACAUGCGCUGGAACAAAGGCACUAUCCUGAAGGCCUCGGUGGAGUACAUAAAGUGGCUGCAGAAGGAGCAGCAGCAUGCUCGCGAGCUGGAGAGCCGUCAGAAGAAGCUGGAGCAAGCAAACAGGAGACUUCUGCUGAGAAUCCAGGAGCUUGAGAUCCAGGCUCGAGCACAUGGCCUCCCAAACAUGGCAUCAGCUUUGGGGACGGUUGAACUGUCUUCUCACCUCCUCAAGCAGCAGCAGCAGCAGCAGCAGCAGUCGUCUCCCCAGGCCCAGCAACCCCAGCAGCCCCCCCUCUACCAGGAGGACCCCAGCAGCGACUACCUCCAGAGAAUAGCCGGCGUGCCCUCGUCCCUCCCCGCUGCUGCUGGGCCCCAGGAUCACAUCCCCGGCGCCGACGGCUGCACCACCUUCUCCGACCCGCUGUCCCACUUCACAGACUUCUUCAGCGCUACCCUCAAGGAGGAGCACCGGCUGGACGCGAUCCUGAUGGAUGACCCGCUCUCGCCUUUUGGCACAGACCCGCUCCUCUCAGCCGGCUCACCUGAGGCCGCGUCCAAAGACAGCAGCCGCAGGAGCAGCUUCAGCUCUGCGGAGGAUGACGACCUAUAAGGGUGCCCUCUUUAGUGACAAACUCUCGUUAUCUUCAUGACAACACUGUUGUAAUGCCCAGUAGGCAUGCAGAGAGCCUCUAAAGGACUGACUGAUGGCUCCGGGCAUACAAAAACCACUCACAGGGUUGCAAGUAAUUUAAAUGACAGCUUACACACCUGACUGUGCCCCUUAAAGUGCUACCUGUAUAUAAAGUGUGUCGCUCUUAUUGAUCAGGUGGGUGUUGGAGCUCGAUUGGCCCCAAAACUUUCAUUCUCCAAAGCUCAGUGGGACCAGAAACAGCUCAUGGACCACCUGCUCCUCCACCUGCUCUUUUUUUACUUCACAACAGACAAUGAAUAUGUUUCUCUGCCUCCCGGACAGAGCCGAAACAGACUCACAGAAAAAGGGAGACAUUUAUAAGCCUUUAAGUACAUAAUAUAAAUUACUUUGUCUACUGUUGUUUUGGUAAACACUGCGGUAGCUGUACACUGUAACAUAUGCAAAAUAAUCACUUCAGUCCAGCCAGAAUGGUCCAUAGAUGAAAUGAAAAUACUACUACUUUUAAAGAAGAACUGUAUACAGUGAUGUGCCUUACUCAAACACCAAGUUUUGUCCUUAAAAAAAGGUAUCAUCAUGUGACUGAUGUACUCACCGCAAUGCCUAACAUGUCUUUGGUCUUGUCUGUGUCUUUUAAGUGUUUUUGUCAAAUAAGUGUUAUGUAUUUAUAUAUGUUUUAAUCCAUGUAUUCGUUAAAAGUUAUAUAUUAUUAUCUAACAUGUUACCUUUUUUUAUUCUUA